AAGAGGAGGAGGAGGAGCUGGGAAAGCACCAGAGGAGGCAGACACACAGCUCACAGUCACAGCGAGUGGUGAGGAGACGGGAAGCAGCUCACAGCUCGACCUCCAGCACACUCACAUCUGGAGUCACAUGUGUGUGUAUAUAUACACAUAUAUACACACAUAUCUGGAGAGGAAUAACGUCUCUCCUUCUAUCCGUUUCCUUCUUUUUUCUGAGCCUCGGAGAAGAGAAAGAAGAGCUCCCAGCUGCAUGUUUCACAGAUUUCUCUUCUGCAUACAAAAUCUAUCAUCCACCCACUGCUGAAGAAAAAAAAACACGUCUCUGCACGGAUCAGCCGGAGGAGAAAGACAGUCAGAGUGUGUGUGUGUGUGUGAGUGAGUGUGAGCUUUAAGUGGCUGCGAGUGAAGAGAAGUGAAGCGAAGUGGACGCGAUGCUGACUUCUUUGAAAAUCUGAUCUCGCGACUCGGGGCGUGUGCUGUGGGCGGCAGACAGCUGGGGUCCGUGAUUCACAAAAAAACAAGAAGAAGAAAAAAAAACAGACUUGGCGUAGAAAAAACAAAGAGACCGAGACGAACAACUGAGAUGAAAAAAGGCUCCUCUUCUGUUUGGAGAAUACAAAAAACAUCACCGGGUCUGUUUACGUUCUAUUUUUUGAAAUGAGGAGGACGAGCCGAGGAGAAAGUCUUCAGGACCUAACGAUCGGGAGAGGACUUCCUGUCCGUGUCGGAGGUACUGGAGGUGCAGCUAUGGGCUAAACGGGUCUCCGAGGGGGAGCUGAACGCACAAUGUUUUCUCAGACUGCAAAUAAAAGGAUUCUACAAGCACAACUCCUCCUUUUUUCUUCUACUGGAUGAGUUUUUAAGCGACUGAACUUUGACUGCGUUCAUUCAGAGUUUGUUUUCACCCUGCUGAGCACAAAUCACACAACAGAAGGGAUUUUGUUUGUUUACAGCGGGUGCACCUGGACCUCUCAAACUCUGUUUCCACCUCUCUUCAUUUGAUUAUUUAUUUAUUUUUAAAUCUUGUUUGCCCUCUCCAGAUGGCCGCCACGCUGGCAGGUGGACGCAGAUGCGAUCGCCUCAUUCAACAUUAACCGGGUUUCACAAAAAUAAAACGAUCACGCCUGGAGCUGGAGGCGUUUAUCACAGUGACUUUGUGUUUGUGCCCCGCAGCUUAAAUGCAAAUAAGCUUCCUCUCUUAAGACGUGUCUUGGAAACGAUAAGAGACCGAGGGAUUCGAACAUUUACACCAGCAUAUCUGGCUGCAGUAUAAGAGGCUUUAGCUCCAUAUGUAAAAGGCCUGGAACAAGGUAAAGAAACAUGAAAAACAAGUGCACACACUCAUGUGUUAGUCUGGCAGGAGUCUGUCUAUGUCAAAUGUGAAUUACUUGAUGAAAAUGAGAAGAAUCAGAACAGCAUGAAGGAUGUGAAAAGCACGUUUGAAAGAGUUAUAAUACAGAGAAAACUAUAAACAGAUCUCUGCGCUGCUGAUGCCCGCAGCCUGCUGGUGGCAUCAUGUUGUAUGUUGCUGGGAGCGGUGGUUUUCCGCAGGGUGUAGUGGCACCAGCGGUUACAGCGGCAUCGCCGUCGUGGUGGUCCAUUGUCAUCUUGUUAGUUUGUCUCCAGCUCCCCCAGCCGGGCCCGGUCCAGGCCACCGUCUGCCCGUCUCAGGGCUCCACCCAGCCGGGCAGAUGCCUCUGCGCCUCAGACAUCCUCAGCUGCACCGCCGCGGGUCUGGAUCAGGUGCCCCGAGAGAUGGCCGUCUCCGUCGUCACUCUGGAUCUCAGCCACAACCGGAUCGCGCAGUUGGAGGGGGGCAGCUUCGAAGGACUGAACCGAUUGGAGACGUUACGGAUAGCGCACAACCGGCUGACUGUUAUUCAGCUUGGGGCAUUUCGAAACGCCUCUGGGACGCUGCUCCAACACCUGGACCUGUCGUCCAAUCAGCUUCGUGUUUUGGAGCAGCAUUACUUCCUGGAUCUGACCGGUUUGAAGGAGCUGCUUCUGUUCAACAACCGUAUUGCCCACAUGGAGAGCAGAGCCCUGGCUGGACUGGGCAGCCUCCGCAAGGCCUACCUCAGUCAUAACCGCCUCACAGACUUCCCCUUCUUUUCCAUCCAAGAGCACAGCCACCCUCACCUUACCAUGCUGGACCUGUCCUCAAACCGCCUGUCCAAACUACCCCUGGAGGACAUAACAAACUUACCCAUCUCAAUGCAGAGAGGACUCUACCUUCACAACAACUCCCUGGUCUGUGAGUGCUCCAUGUACGGACUGUUCAGGCACUGGGACCAGAGAGGAUUUGCCUCGGUGACUGACUUCCGACAGGAGUACACCUGUCUGGUCUACGGGAUACAGAGAGGUACCGUGCGCUUCUUCCAGCACGGCCGCUACUUUGAAAAAUGCAACUUGACCGCGAUGAGUCAGGGGCUGAAAGAGCAGAAUAGCAGUGUUUCAGUGAAGGUGGGAAAGCCGAUGCUGCUGCACUGUGUGAGCACUCUCAUCGGACAGCAUGUGACCUUUCUCUGGGUGUCACCGAAUCAGGAAUACGUGGCACCUCCGGGGAACAACGGAUCCUUAAAGAUGUACGCCAACGGCAGCUUGGAGAUCGUGGCGGCUCGUGCGGAGGACUCCGGCAUUUACUGGUGUAUGUCUCUGGACCGGCAACAGCAGCGCAACGAGACGCAGGAGGUCAAUGUGACCGUGGUGCUGCACAACGACGAGCUUCACGAGCCGUUCAACACCGGAUUCACCACCUUGCUGGGCUGCGUGGUGAGCCUGGUGCUGGUCCUCAUGUACCUCUUCCUGACGCCCUGCCGCUGCCCUCCCUGCCGCAAAGUACCGACCCCGGCGACCCCGAGCCAAGGGAAGGAGGCUGGAGCAGGGAGUGCCCAGUCCUCCAUCCUCACCCCAACCCCGCCGGCGACCACUGAGGGCCCGGGCCGCAAGGUCUAUCCCUCAAACCUCUCUCUGCUUCAGCCCUAAACCGCUCUGACCCUUCACAAGUCUGUCCUUCCUCGCCUCCUCCCACCUUUCCUCCAUCUCACUUUUCCUCAGAACUUCCUCUUUCGUCGCCAUCUCCCACCCUCCGUCCAAGCUGUUCUGUCGUUUCCACGGUAACAGAGGACCGCUCAGAAGACGAGGGAAAUCUGCUCCGACAACGACACGCCGUGUGUGUGUGUGUGUGUGUCGACUUCACAAGGAAAAAUAGAGAAAAUAUACAAACCAGGUGGAUGAUGGUUAAUGAAUGAACUAUUGUCAAAAUAAAUGCAUGAGCCACUAGUUACACUUUAAAACUAACUCAAUAUAAUCAGACAUGAAUGCAAAUACACUUCUGAAUAAUAAUAAAUAAUACACAAAACACAUGUUUAAACACAGUGACCACUUUGAACAGUAGCUUUAAUAAUCCUACAAAUAAUAAAAACACUGAAUAUAUAGAAAGAAUAUACAAUCCAAGUGGAAUAAAUAUAUUACAAUUAUAUAUUUUAUAUAUCAACACUUUUUUUUUUCUUAAACUAUUGGUAGGACGUCACAACAACUAAUGGUUCAUCUGGCACACUCAACACCUGCAUGAGAAAACAACUAAAAUUUAUUUUACAACAAUCUGAUUUCACUCAGAUUAGAUGAGCAUGCUGUCAUGAUGCUAGCAUGUUCACCAUCUCCGUUAGGGCCGCUAGCAUGCUAAUGUUUGCUAAUUAGCUUUAAUCAAAAUAUGGGAUUGCAAACAGUAGCAUGUAGUUAUUGUGCAAGAACUAGUUGCUUUAAAUUGCUUUCAGAAUGUAGAAGACAGGUUUUAUCUAAACAGUUUCUUGUAAUAUUGUGUCUUUUAAAAGCCCCUGGAUACUUGGUUUUUAAUCUUAUUUUGUUCUCCAUAACUUUGACACCACCGACGAGUCGGGAGUAAGAACACUGCUUUAAUUCAGACUACGACGCUCCACUCACCACUCUAGCGUCCGUGUUGGACACGCCAGGAAGUGAUGACGGGAUUAAAGGACGAAGUCAGGUGAUUUACAAUAAAGUUGGAGUUCGGGGAGGAUGGAUGGCUCAAACAAACAGGACUUUCACCCAGGAGACCGCGGUUUAUGUACGUCUGAAACCAAGUUAUUGUGCGUUAAGCUGAUUUAUUGUAAUUUACAUACUUUAUUCAUGCCCGCAACUUAAACUGGGUAACAAACGUACUUAUUUCAACCCAAACCAAGAUAUUUUCCUAAACCUAACCAAGUAGUACACAAACUCUUACAUCACACACACACACACACACAAAUUAUUAAGGGUUAGCCAGUGCAUUAACAAGUUACGUUUUCCUACGAAAGUCUUCCAUCUUCACAGUUAGGUUAAGUUCGUUGUUUGGGUUGAAAUAAGCGCGGAAGUGCCAUUACUGAAGUCGGCAUGUUGCGUGACAAAUAAACCUUAUAUUCUCAUUUCACUCGGGGUUCGAACAGCGGUCUCCUCUGUGAAAGAUCCAUGUUAGCACCUCCCGCCCUGUGUGAGCUUCAGCGGUCUUUAUACUUCGUCUUUCGUGAUUACGUGGAUAUCACACGUAAUUUCGUCAUUUCGUGGGAUGUCUACGAAUGAAGACUCAUUACUUUUCGUAGGAACAGCUAACGCCGGAUGGCACCAGCCUGAAAAGUGCCGCCAAAGAGUCCCGUCCAAGCGUGAUGAGUCUGGAGUGAGAACGUAUUGCUAUCAGAACGAUCACAACUGUCAACAGUUUCUUUCAAAUGUUGCCGACACCCGAUUGAUGCACAAAAUGACGAACUUUUUUUGGACCAAUGUCUGUGUUCAUGUUCUCUCCAUCGACGAUCGCAAGAAGCUGCUUUAAGUUCUUCCCAGGAAAAGAGAACGUGGUACUUUGUUACUACAAAGGUUGUUAAGGGGAAUUAAGCUCUUAUCACAUUCUGCCCUCAUCUCCUGUUUAAACUGCCGAGCCACGUGCUUUUAUAACCGUAAGACUUCAGAUGUGUUGGUGUAAUACAGGGUUUGUUUGUAUGACU